AUGGGAGACGAGGGCAGGGCGAUGAAGGCGGAUGUAACGAAUUUGAUAAACCGAUCACGUCCGGAUGCAAAAGCCAAAGGAAAUCAAGGAACACCACUAAUAUCCCAUUUGCUGCUCACCGAUGAUCAGAUCUCUGAGUUCAAGGAAGCCUUCAGCCUAUUUGACAAGGAUGGCGACGGUUGCAUCACCACAAAGGAGCUCGGAACUGUGAUGAGAUCCCUAGGGCAGAAUCCGACGGAGGCUGAACUCCAGGACAUGAUAAACGAAGUUGAUGCUGACGGAAACGGAACAAUUGAUUUCCCGGAGUUUCUAAAUCUGAUGGCGAGGAAGAUGAAGGACACAGAUUCCGAGGAAGAACUGAAGGAGGCGUUCAGAGUUUUUGACAAGGAUCAGAACGGCUUCAUUUCUGCUGCGGAGCUGCGUCAUGUGAUGACGAAUCUUGGGGAAAAGCUUACUGAUGAAGAAGUCGAUGAGAUGAUCAGGGAAGCUGAUGUUGAUGGUGAUGGCCAAAUCAACUACGAGGAGUUCGUUAAGGUUAUGAUGGCCAAGUAAUAACCCUAUAACCCUAUAUCUCUUUUCUUAAAAUUAGUAUUGUUUUUAAGGGCAAAAAGGGUUUGAAAAAAACGUUAAAACCUCAAGAGGAUGAUGACGAUGAUGAUAUGAUGAUGAUGAUUGAAUAUUGAUGAUGAUGAUAAUGUUUAUUCUACUGGAGGCCAUGAUGUUUAAUUAUGAUGUAUGUAUUGUUGACAAUUAUAUUCACAUCUCCUUUUCACUUCCCCUCUUGUUCGUUGGCUAUUUCUUAAAGAUUUUUCAGGCCAAAACUUUCAGUCUGUUGUUUCGUUUCUAGGAAUCGGUGGAUUUGUUAACAUUUUCUGAUUGG